CGUAAGCGCGGUGGGCGGGGCUUCAGUCCAGGCACCAUGGCUUCGGUCGGACCCGAGCCCGCUGGUCUGGCCCAAGGCAUCGUGGACAAGGGUUUAUACCAGAGGAAAGAGACACGUGGCUCAGCGGACAGCACAGAGGAGCAGCCAAAUGGUGACGCAGACAUAACCACCAGAGGGAGCUCUCCUGCCGCGGAGGCCAUGCUGAAUGGAGGUGACUGUGGGGAGUAUAAAGCCCUCUCACAGGGCUCCUCUCCGUCUAAGACUCUAGUAGUGAGCGAGAACGGUACUUCAGAGCCUCCACAUGUGUCUGUCACUGGGAGUAAUGGACUUUGUCUGGGUCAGACACACACAGAGCCCGGCCUAUCCCCACACCGGACUCACUGCUCCUCUGUAGGGGCGCACACGGACACUCCCCCCUCCCCUCCACCCACAUGUGGAGCCUCAGGGGACUCACUAAAGACUGAUCCCCCGAAAGGCUCCGGGCCUUCAGGCACCAAGAACGGCCCUCCUGUUCCAGUUCACAGAGCGCGCAAAACCAUGAGCCGGCCAGCAGUCAGCGCUGCUCAGAAGCUUCUAAACCGGGAAAUGCGAGAAUCCAAAGGUGCCAAAGGUGACCAGAUGGAUACUAAUGAGCCCCAAACCUCCUCUGACCUGCCCUCCACACAGAACCAGCUACCUCACAGUUCCACCCAGCAGACGGUCACCACAACGAGAAGUGACCGGAGCACAGCACAAAGCCCGCCCCCAGCCUCAACAGACCCCGCCUCCAGCUCUGCACCUGCCUCUACACCUGCCUCUGCUCCUACAUCUUCCAAACUGAAUCUGGUUCCCUUCUCUGGUACCCUGGUGUCCCGUAAGAAGAAGAGGAGGAUGGGGACCUACAGUUUGGUCCCAAAGAAGAAAGCCAAAGUGCUGAAGCAGCGAUCGGUUUUAGAGAUGUUUAAACAGCUGGAGCACACUGCCAAGAGCCCAGAGGCCAAACCAACAAACCUUAACGGUGAGAAGGUGGUGCACAUGUCUGAGGAGGAGGGGUCUGAGCUGGAAGAGUCUGAGGAGGAGCACAAGCCUCCAGAGGAACCAGCGUCAGAUGUCCAACAGGCCACACAGGAACCUGAAUGCACCACACAGGUGGGCCAGGAGCAGGAGAGCGAGGAGUCAGGGGAGGAGGAGGCAGAGGAGGAGGGCACAGAGUCUGACCUGAGCACGGGGUCCAGUGUGAGGCAGAAGAAGCCGAAGCAGACACUGAGGGGGGACAAGGCCUGGCUACGGCCGUCAAGGAAACGCAAGAGGAAGCUAAAAGCCAAAGACACUGAGCUGCAGGAUCAGUCUGAAGAUCCAGUCCAGCUCAAGUCCUCCGAGGAGAAGUCACCUUCUCAACCCAGUGAACCCUCUCAACCCAGCCCUCAACCCAGAAACGCGGAACCCAAAAACCCCCAACCUACCAAUGUGGAACCCAAAAGCCCCCAACCCGGUGACGUGAAACCCAAAAGCCCUCAACCCGGUGACGUGAAACCCAAAAGCCCUCAACCCGGUGACGUGGAACCCAAAAGCCCCCAACCCGGUGACGUGAAACCCAAAAGCCCCCAACCCGAUGACGUGAAACCCAAAAGCCCCCAACCCGAUGACGUGAAACCCAAAAGCCCACAACCCAGUGACGUGGAACCCAAAAGCCCACAACCCACUAUAGAACCAACUAUAGAACCCACUGUUGAACCAAACGUGGAGUCAACUUUAGAACCAACUGUAGAACCAACUGUAGAACCAACUGUAGAACCCAGCCUUGAACCCAGUGUGAAAACUAGUGUGGAAUCCAAUGCUGAACCCGCCGUGGAACCCAGUGCAGAAGUCAGUCCAGAGACCAACCUGCAGGAGCCCCCCUGCUCCUCCACCCCCCCACAGUCUGCUUCUAAAACAGACAAGAUGGAAACCAGCACUCCGCUGAGACCUACAGUAGAGGACAGUCAGGAGCUGCCCCUCUGCAGCUGUCGCAUGGAGACUCCAAAGAGCCGAGAGAUCCUGAUCCUGGCCGACAGGAAGUGCAUGGCCACAGAGAGCGUUGAUGGACAGCUGAGCCGUUGCCAGGGCGCCGUGCUCAAACAGGAAAUGAUGCGUCCGUCAAACUCUGUGCAGCUGCUGGUGCUGUGUGAAGACCACCGUACAGGCAUGGUCAAGCACCAAUGCUGCCCUGGCUGUGGCUACUUCUGUCGGGCUGGUACGUUUAUGGAGUGCCAGCCAGACGUUAGCAUCUCUCACCGCUUCCAUCGCGCCUGUGCCUCUGUGCUCAAAGGCCAGAGCUUCUGUCCUCACUGUGGAGAGGAGGUGAGCAAGGCCAAGGAGGUGACCAUCGCUAAGGCCGACACCACCUCCACAGUGCCCCCCGUACAGGUGCACCAUCCGGCCACACCCAGUGCUGCAGAGGGACGGGCAGACACCACCACGGGCAGUGUGUCCCGUCUCCCCCCAGAGGCCGAGCUGUGUACUGCAGACAGCUCCUUCUCUGUGCACUCUGCUCUGGACUCAGCUGUCCCCGGCCUGUCCCGCUCCUCCUCAGUGCAGAGCGGGACAGAGGGGCCAAUAGCUCACCCAGGACAUCCUCGGGAGACACUGGAGAGCGUCCUGGUGGCUCUGGACAAUGAGAAGCCCAAGAAGCUGCGCUUUCAUCCCAAACAGCUGUACCUCUCAGCCAAACAGGGCGAGCUACGGAGGGUCCUGCUCAUGCUGGUUGAUGGAAUUGACCCGAACUUCAAGAUGGACUCUCAAAACAAGCGCACACCUCUCCACGCAGCGGCAGAGGCAGGACAUAUAGACAUCUGCCACAUGCUGGUGCAGGCUGGAGCUAACCUAGACACAAGUGAUGAGGACCAACGCACUCCUCUGAUGGAGGCCUGUGAAAACAACCACAUGGAGAUCGUGUGUUUCCUGCUACGAGCGGGAGCCAGCGCUACACACAAGGACGCUGAAGGGUUCACGUGUCUCCAUCUAGCGGCCAAGUCUGGUCAUUACAACAUAGUGGAGCACCUCCUCACAGUGGGGCUCAUAGACAUCAAUGAUCAGGACGACGGGGGCUGGACGGCCAUGAUCUGGGCCACCGAGUACAAACACGCAGACCAAGUUAGACUACUGCUGUCAAAGGGAGCGGACAUCAACAUCAGGGACAAGGAGGAGAACAUUUGCCUGCACUGGGCGGCCUUCUCGGGCAGUGUGGAGAUCGCAGAGCUGCUGCUGGACGCUCACUGUGACCUGAGAGCGGUCAACAUCCACGGAGACUCCCCUCUGCACAUCGCUGCCCGGGAGAACCGCCUCGAGUGUGUCAUGCUGUUCCUGUCCCACGGAGCAGACGUGUUCCUGAAGAACCGUGAGGGCGAGACUCCUCCGGACUGCUGCAGCCACAGCUCCAAGGCCUGGAUGGCUCUGCAGGCGAGCCGCAGGGAGAGAAGCAUACGACCAAGGCUAGGACACAAAGUCCUGCACAGAGACAUUGCAUUGGGGCAGGAGGCUGUGCCCAUCCCCUGUGUGAACGAGGUGGACAGUGAGCUUUACCCUGAGGACUACAAGUACAUCAGAGAGAACUGUGUCACCUCCCCCAUGAACAUAGACCGCAACAUCACACAUCUACAGUACUGUGUGUGUAAAGAGGACUGCUCCACCAGCAUCUGCAUGUGUGGACAGCUCAGUCUGCGCCGCUGGUACGACCAGAAUGGUCAACUGUUGCCAGAGUUUUGCCGUGAGGAGCCUCCUCUGAUCUUUGAGUGUAACCACGCCUGCUCCUGCUGGAGAACCUGCAAGAACCGUGUGGUGCAGAACGGGCUCAGAGUGAGGAUGGAGCUGUUCAGGACUCAGAGGAAAGGCUGGGGCGUCCGGACGCUGCAGGACAUCCCACAGGGCACCUUUGUCUGCCAAUAUGUGGGGGAGAUCAUCUCUGAGGACGAAGCUGAGAUGAGACAGAACGACGCAUAUCUGUUCAGCCUGGACGACAAGCCUCAGGACCAGUACUGCAUAGAUGCCCGUUACUAUGGCAACAUCAGCCGCUUCCUCAACCACAUGUGUGAGCCCAACUUGUUGGCCGUGCGAGUGUUCACCACGCACCAGGACCUGCGCUUCCCACACAUCGCCUUCUUCGCCAGCACGGGCAUUCAGGCCGGAGAGGAGCUGGGGUUCAACUAUGGCGACCACUUCUGGGAGAUCAAGAGCAAACUGUUCAGCUGUGCGUGCGGAUCUCCCCACUGUAAAUACUCCUCCGCCGCCAUGGCAACGCUCGCAGCCGACAGCACGCCAGGGGAGCAGCUGGCCAGCGCCUCGCCAGACACCAGCUCGCCCACCGGACCCUCAUAAGCCCCGCCCCCGCCGCCUCAUGAACCCCGCCCCCUGACCACUGUAAAGACCGCCCACCCCCCUCAGGCUCCAUGCUUCAAACUGAACUUUAUCCGUGGACCCGUACUGUACGUCAUCCUGGUUGGAAUUUUGUAUUUCCAGAGUCAUGACGAAACCGCCGCACAAUCCAAUAACUGACAGACAACUGAGGAAUUUUUAAAUCUUUUUUUUUGUUUUUUUGUUUUGUUUUUUAAACAUCCAUCAGCUAUAAAACAUUCUGACCAGUAACAAAUUAUAAUCUAAAGAAAGUGGCGAUUGGUUUCAUAGGAAUAGUACAUUUAGGAACUAUUAAAACUUAACUUUCAACUUAAAAUUUUACUUAAAUUUGCACUACUUCGGCACUUUUACGUUUACCUCAUUGGUAUUGAAUCGAGAUGGCAAAUCUGGUCGAAAAUCCAAAAAUCUUGGAGGAAAAUUUGCCCUAUUGCAAAAGUGAGGAAUUUCAUACUGUUGUGGAAUGCCAUGCUAAAGAAUGCCAUAACAAUACUCAAACUGAAAUCAUUUUGUGUAAAUCUGAAAAUGUUUACAGCAGUUUUCAAUACAUUUUUCAGGCUGUUGUUCAUAAUGUUUUGGCUGAUGGAUCUAAGUCGUCAUAAUGAAAUUCUGAAGUUGCAAGAAGACAAAAUUUUGUUGCUGAAUCAUUCCAACCAAAACUGAAUUCUCGCCACUGUUUUGUGUCAUUUAACCAAUUCAAAUGGAAAUGGUUUUGGAAAGUGGCUUUUUAACGACUAUGUAUCAAUGAACGCCACAGCAUUCCUCUGCCGACACGCGGACUGUGAGAAUCAAUGCAUUAUCGACUGGUAGUUUUACAAAGCAUGAAUCUUAACGUUUGGAAGAAUUUCUGUGAAUUUGGCUCCAAUUCAAAUCAAUGGUGCUGACAAAAGUUUUACUUUUGUUGAAAUUUUAAUGAUCCCAUGAAUAUAGUUUGUACAAUAAGAGAACGUUUUAAGUUUUUAAUGUUUUUUUUUUCGUUUUUUUUUUUUUCUUUUUGGCUGUAAUCUAAUUGUAAUACGUGUAGCUAGUCUUAUUUUUACUCUCGUUUUUGGAGGACUUUUAAAUGUUGUAGUGACGCAGUAGCUGUGUGUCUGGACAUGGAGAGGAUUCAUGCACCUUCAUUGCAUUCUGUUACAUAUUUCUUGUGAACGGUCCAUCUGAUUGGUUGUCUUUUUCAAUAAAUUUACUAAUACAUUU